CCUUAUAGAAAAAUAAUUCAAAAAUCGAAUGAAAAUGUUCAGACUUUAGAGGAAGAAAAAAAAUUUUUGUUCGCACAACUAGAUACUUCUCAGCAAAAAUAUGAAAAUCUAAAAAACUUUCUCAAAGAAAUCUUAGUUUCGCUUUCCAAAGAUAACCAGGAAGAAUUAGUAAAUGAGUUAAAUUCUGAGAUAGAAAACAGAAAAAAGAACGCUCCUUCUUUCUAUAGUACCGAAAUAAAAACCACAGAACUAACUUCCAAAAAAGAGUUAGUUGCAGCCAAGGCUCGAGCAGAAGCAAGACAGGGCAAAAUUCAAAAACUAAGUGAGUCAGUUGCCCAAACUCCUAUUUACAAAAAAACCAUUGAUUUUUUAAAAACCAAGUCAGUUUUUCUUAACGCUCGUAGGGAGACCAUUGAGGAAUUACAAGAAUGUGACGCCAUCGGCAAUAUGGGAGGAUCGAUCACUGAUGUAAUAACUUUUGGUAUUCCGAAAGCAGUAGGAGAAGUAAUCGUAGCGGGUAACAAUUUCUCCAAAAUAGUAAUUGCCGAAAAAGGCAAUAAAGAAUUUCAAAUUUCUCUAUCCGACGAAAAAGAAUUAGAGCGUCUUAAUCAGAUUUAUGAUUCUUUAAUCGAACUUAUUCAAGAAAAUGAGGAAGUUAAUAAUCUCCUAGGCUUGAAAACUAGACGACUAAGAGACGGAAAGGCCAAGUUAUUUGAGAAAAAAUAUGAAAUCUUUGAUAUUCUCAUUAAUGACGGGAUUGUUCGUUUAGGUGAUACGGUUGAAAGGCAAGAAAAAUUAGUUUCUCUACGCAAGGAAUUAUUGGCAAUUGCUUUUAGACAUGGCCAUAAAGAAUUUGAAACUGAAUUAGAUAGUCUUUGUCAAGCCCAAAUUGAUUUAACUAAAUCACAAAUAGAGUUAGAAGAUUUACAAAAUCAACAACAAGAAACCCAAAUCCUUAGUCCAACUUUGCCUAAACAAAUUAAUUGGGAUAAUUAA